CGAAAUCAGUAGUCCAUUUUUACGAGAACGAGAGAGAGAGAGGAAAGGCAGAGAAAGAAGAAAGAUGGCUGGGGGAUAUUGCAUUGACUUUUCGAGAUUCUCUGCCUACCCAGAUGGUUUCUACGCGAUCAACAAUCAGUUCCAGGCAGCAGGUCCCAAGGGUUUCAUCGAGGUGAAGGUCCUCCAGAACGACAAGCUCUACAUCCGCGUCGACUUGCCCGGCGUUCCCGACGACGCCGUCCGCCACCGAGUCGACGCCGUGAGGCAGAAGGUUGUCUUUUUUUACGGCGAGACUCUCGAUGACGGCAACAAGGACGUCGUUCGUGAGUACUCAGGAAUCGCCGGUCUGUGCUGUGACUGCUGCGAGAUCACCGGCGUGGAGGCCAAAAUGAAAGAUGGGGUUUUGAGGAUGAUCGUGUCGAGGGUCAAGGUCAAGGACCACGAUAAGAAGUGUACUCGCACUUUCCCUGCUUUCACAGGUAGAUCUGGAGAUAACGUGGAGGAUCAUCCGUUUCUGGUGAAAGGUCGUAAGGGAGUACUAUUUGCAGAACCAACAGCUGGAGGAGGUGUUUACUUUACGGUGGAUAUGCCAGGCGUUUGUAAAAGUGAUGAUAUCGAGGUUUUUGCUCUUGAGGAAGAAAUUAGAUUCUUUGCUGAGCUCAAGAAGGUGUGUGAGCACGAUGAGAGUGGCCGUGUUUACAUGGGAAGCGUCAUAAGCCGUACUCCUUCCAGUUUACCUUCACUGUUGAGCUACUCCAUCACUUACGAUGUAAACUUCGGUGUCCUCAAGGUUCGUGUUACACCUCCUCCUAAGAGAACCAAUAAGAAAACCAGCAAGAAGUGAUCAUCACUCUCUCGUUCUAUCACGUUUUCGUUUGGAUAUGUCUUAUCUUUUAAUUUUGGGAGAACUUGUCUUGCAUUUGGCUACUUGAUUACUAGUCUUGUGUGUUUUUAAGUUGAGACAAUUAAAUUAUGUGUGUGUGUGUGUGCUGCUUUUGUGUUUGCUAUGGAAUCCACUGAUUCAUGUCGUUUGUUUUUACAAAUCUUACCUUCUUUUCGCUAAGCUGAUUGCUAAUCAAUUGAAUCAAUUAC